CCCUGCGGCCGCCCGGAGCAGCUCCCGCGGCGGAGCCGGAGCCGGAUGGUCAGAGGAGCCCGACAGCAUCAGCAGCCGCGGAGUCGCCUAGUCCCCAGACUGAGUGGCACAGUGGAUAAACCACCUCGAAAACGGAAAAGCAGGACUGAAUUUGCUCUUCAAGAAAUCAUGUCCUCUGGAGGUGCUGAAGAUGACAUUCCUCAAGGAGAGAGGAAAACAGUUACAGACUUUUGCUAUCUCCUGGAUAAAUCUAAACAACUGUUCAAUGGGUUAAGAGAUUUGCCACAAUAUGGACAGAAGCAGUGGCAGUCCUAUUUUGGAAGAACUUUUGAUGUUUACACCAAGCUUUGGAAGUUCCAGCAGCAGCAUCGACAAGUUCUGGAUAACCGGUAUGGCUUGAAGCGAUGGCAAAUAGGAGAAAUUGCUUCCAAGAUUGGGCAGCUCUACUACCAUUAUUACCUACGCACUUCUGAGACCAGCUAUCUGAAUGAGGCCUUCUCCUUCUAUUCUGCAAUCCGGCAGAGAUCAUAUUAUUCUCAAGUCAAUAAAGAGGACAGGCCUGAGUUGGUAGUUAAGAAGUUACGAUACUAUGCAAGAUUCAUAGUAGUUUGUCUUCUCCUAAACAAAAUGGAUGUUGUGAAGGAUCUGGUAAAGGAAUUGUCAGAUGAAAUUGAAGAUUAUACUCACCGUUUUAAUACUGAAGAUCAAGUGGAAUGGAACUUGGUCCUUCAAGAAGUGGCAGCUUUCAUUGAGGCAGAUCCCGUCAUGAUAUUUAAUGACGAUAAUACCAUUGUUAUUACAUCUAACCGCCUUGCUGAAACAGGAGCCCCCUUGUUGGAACAGGGCAUGAUUGUGGGACAGCUGUCACUGGCUGAUGCACUCAUUAUUGGUAAUUGUAAUAAUCAGGUUAAGUUCAGUGAACUAACUGUUGACAUGUUCCGGAUGUUACAAGCUCUGGAAAGGGAACCAAUGAAUUUAGCUUCCCAGAUGAAUAAACCAGGAAUGCAGGACUCAGCUGAUAAGCCUACCAAACGAGAAAAUCCCCACAAGUACUUGCUCUAUAAACCAACUUUCAGCCAACUGUACACAUUCUUAGCAGCAUCUUUUAAGGAGCUGCCUGCCAAUAGUGUACUUCUGAUUUACCUGUCAGCCACUGGCGUUUUCCCCACAGGUCGUUGUGAUAGUGAAGGUCCUUAUGAUUUUGGAGGUGUACUUACUAAUAGUAACCGGGAUAUUAUAAAUGGCGAUGCCAUCCACAAGCGAAAUCAGUCCCACAAGGAAAUGCACUGCCUACAUCCUGGAGAUCUCUAUCCUUUUACAAGAAAGCCCCUGUUUAUCAUCGUGGAUUCAUCCAACAGUGUUGCCUACAAGAACUUCACAAAUUUAUUUGGACAGCCACUAGUCUGCUUGCUUUCUCCUACAACAUAUCCAAAAGCUUUACAAGAUCAAUCUCAACGAGGUAGCCUCUUCACUCUCUUUUUGAACAAUCCUCUAAUGGCCUUCCUGUUUGUCUCUGGAUUAUCAAACAUGCCUAGAGGCCUGUGGGAAAAGUGUCAAGAGUACCUUCGAAAAAUCAACCGAGAUAUUGCCCAGCUACUGACUCAUUCACGUUCAAUAGAUCAGGCAUUUCUUCAGUUUUUUGGAGAUGAAUUUCUUCGCUUGCUCCUCACAAGGUUUAUCUUUUGUUCUGCCACCAUGAGGAUGCACAAGAUUUUUCGGGAAACACGAAAUUAUCCAGAAACAUAUCCACAACUGCCAAGGGAUGAAACAGUGGAAAACCCUCAUCUCCAGAAGCACAUUUUGGAAUUAGCAUCUAUUCUUGAUGUUCGCAGUGUGUUCCUUGAGAAUACCAUAGAUGACUAUUGAAACACAAUAGCCAGCUGUUGU